GCAGGGCGUCGGCUAGGCGAGUGUGCUGGGCUUGUUUCUGGUCACACUUUUCGCUGUGGUGGAGGUCCGAUGUGUAACCAACUUCUAUCAGGUAGACUUUGUGUUGCCGUCGGCCGGCGGUUGUAAGGCCGCGGGGCCCACUAGCCCCCACGUUGGAGCGUGGUAGGGAUGGGAUGAACAGGAUGGUCAGGCCUCAUCCUUUUUCGGUCGGCCUCGGGGAUAUUGUUGCGCAGCAUCCAUUUGGGGGGGCAGGUGCCCGCACAGUAUUCGGGGCGUGCAUCUGCACUGCUUGCGUCCAUCAGCAUGUACCCGCCACCGUUGGCGCCAUGGUGCAGGCAUUCCGCGAUCAUACGGACGGCGGCAUUGUGUUUGGCGAUGCGGGCCCCAACAAGUUGGGGGUGCGCACAGUGGCCGGCAAGGUGGCCUGCGUUGCCCCGUUCGGGGGGGGAUCCAGCGCGCUGGUGAAUCGGGGCGCAGAGUGCACAUGUGUCACUUGCACGUAGUUUGAACAGCGCAAGCCGGGCGGGGCAGAUGAGGCCUCCCUGUCUGGCGUUCUGGAUGAAGCGUCGGAGGCUGUGCCCAGCGCCGGGGUGCGUCAUGUAGGCGGUGCUGGCCCUGGUGUCCAGGUGUGGGGCGGACUCCGCCCACUUGGUCGUGUAGAGUGUGUGUUUGGAAUGACCGCCAUGGGAGGAAGGGUCUAGUGUUUUCAGGAGGCCCCGAUUGAGGUCCGAGAUGUAGUGCACGGUGGUAGAGCCGUCUUCCCGCGUCCGGGUCGUUGCUGGCCACCAGUGUGUGGCGUGGGGGUUAUUGUCAGCGAGCUCCGAGACGUCAGCCGGUUUAGUGCUUGUAGCUACGUCUGCUGCACCUUUAUCGGCUUCUUCAUUACCGUGCAGACCCGUGUGAGAAACGACUUUAAGGAAAACGGUGUGUGCGUCCCUCUUCGCUCGUGCAUGGAGCAAAUCGGCGAUCGAACUCAGAAGUGCCUUAUGUUUGCUCAGAUGUAAGCGGCGUGGUUC